AGGCAGAGCUGUUUGGGUUCAGCUCGCACAUGCCAAUGUAGCGACACGACGCCAGGAGCUCGGCGUUGAUGUCGUGGAUGCAUGAAGAGAACCGCGGGUGCCAAUAUGCAUCGAUUCUCGCGUGCGUGGGCACUGCGGCGGUGGCAUCCAUCAUCGUGUAUGCUGUUGGCCCAACUUCUCUGCUGGCAGAAGCCUUGAGGAUGUUACCGGAUGAUCCUGGCUGGGGCUGGUUCCUUGGCUGGGCCCUGGUUCUGCUCAUCUCCAUUGUGCUCAUGCUGCCGAUGUGGCAAGCGCUUUGUAUCGCAUCAGGACUUAUGUUCGGUCUGGGCUACGGCACGGCGCUGAACUUCCUGGCGCUCUAUGGGGCGGCGGCGGUGAGCACCGUGCUGGGCGAGACCUUGCGCCUGAGAGCGGGGGCGUGUUUUUUGUUUUGUUUUGGGGGGGGGAG